GUGUCCAUAUCAGUCCAGUAAUAUUUAUUAGAUCGAUAUCUCAACUGAGUCACUAUGUUACGUUUUAUCCUCUCUGUAUUAUCGGUAUUUGUUGCCUGUCCAGUGUUUACUAUCGCAGCCAGCGACUCCAAGAGCAAUACAGCUCUUAAGUUUGCUUAUGAUAGAAAUAGUUACAUAUCUUACAGUCCCGACGUUAACUCACUGACAGAAAAGUUUUCUGUUUGUGUGUGGGUCCACAAGUUCCAGUCUGGAAAUAAUCCUGUAGCGUUUGCGUAUAAUGGUUGGGACAUAGCGUUGGGAGACAGUGGCUACUACAACAUGCUGUUCAGUUCCAGAAUUAAUCUGGCCAGCAAGUUCCCCACUGACAAUACUUGGUAUCUGUACUGCUCAACCUGGAGCCUAGCUUCUAGAACCUUCCGAGUGUACGUGAACGGGCAACAAAUAGGGACCCAGACAACACCCUCCGGGAGAAGGCUGCAGACAGGCGGAGCAUUAACUUUGGGGAAUUAUGCACCAGGCAACUCGCACCCUUUCGGAGGCAUGCUUUUUAAUUUUAAUAUGUACUCUAAAGAACUGACGGCUACAGAAGUAGCUGCCCUGUCUUCAGCUGGAUUUUGUGCAGAGAUUCCUGAGCAGUUGGAGGAGUACCGGAUAAUAAAGUGGGAAGAUAUUCUCAAACUAAGCAGAUCUGGUGCUGUGUUGGAUAUGGAUACUAGAUGUGCUGCAUUCGUUGAACUUAGGAAAAAUCUGGAAUUGGCCGUGACAGAAAAAAGUUCUCUGGAACUAUCCUUAAACGAAACGAGGACAGAUCUACUCACAGUUCAAGGACGCUUCAACUCUACCCAGGAGGAACUAGUUGGGGUACAAGAACGCUUCAACUCUACCCAGGAGGAACUAGUUGGGGUACAAGAACGCUUCAACUCUACCCAGGAGGAGUUAGUUGGGGUCAGGAGGGAGCUUGGAGCAACAGAGGGGGAGUUGAAUGAAACAAGGAGCGACCUUCAAGAAACAAAGAUGGAACUGAGGAAUCUUACGGAGUCUAAAUGUGCGCUAAAGAAAGGGAAUUUGACAAAGUGGGAUAUGUUUUAUUCGCCAGAGUACUAUAAUAAAACCUUCACUCGCACUCUCUACCAACAACUCACUUCGACAUGGGAUUCAAUUAGCAAUCGACUGUUUGGGAUGACGAUUACUGACAAGGUAAUCGAGCUGAUAAAAGAUCUGGAUGAUGAUCAGAUCGACCACUGUGGAGAACUAUCAUAA